AUGCUUCUAGGAGAGGCACCCAUUGAGGGCAAUCUGCGCCUGCUGCGCAGUCCUCAGAGGCCCGGGGACGGGCAUCAGCACGGUGUUAUGGGGUUGCUGCUGCACUGUGACUCCGCCCCCAAGAGGCCUAGUCCCGCCUCCUGUCUGUCUCCCAGCUAUGACCACGCCCCCAUGCACCGAGAGCCCCGCCCCCAACCCCACUCCCGCUUGUCCUGCUUCCACCCUGAGCCACCGCCCCUCACCGCCGCCGAAGCCCCGACCACGCCCAUCAACCGCAGCCACACCCCCGAGAGACAUGCCCUGCCUCCGCCCUCAGGAUCCCUCGCCUGGGGCGGCAGCAGCCGCAUCAUAAACGGCGAGGACUGCCGCCCGCACUCGCAGCCCUGGCAGGCGGCCCUGUUCUUGGAAAAUGAAUUCUUCUGCGGGGGCGUCCUGGUGCAUCCGCAGUGGGUGCUGUCAGCCGCACAUUGUUUCCAGAAGUCCUAUACCAUCGGGCUGGGCCUGCACAGUCUUGAGGCCGACCAAGAACCAGGCAGUCAGAUGAUAGAAGCCCACGUCUCCAUCCAGCACCCAGAGUACAACAAACCAUCUUUCGCCAACGACCUCAUGCUCAUCAAGUUAGAAGAGUCGGUGUCCCCGUCUGAUACCAUCCAGGACAUCAGCAUCGCCUCCCAGUGCCCGGCCGCCGGGGAUUCCUGCCUGGUCUCCGGCUGGGGUCGGCUGGUGAAUGGCAGACUGCCCAAAGUGCUCCAAUGCGUGAAUAUCUCAGUGGUGUCGGAGAAGAUCUGCAGUGAACUCUAUGCCCACGUGUACCACCCCAGCAUGUUCUGCGCUGGUGGAGGCCAGGACCAGAAGGACUCCUGCCAUGGUGACUCCGGGGGCCCCCUGGUCUGCAACGGGUCCCUGCAGGGCCUUGUAUCCUUUGGACAAGCCCAGUGUGGCCAACCUGACGUGCCAAGCGUCUACACCAACCUCUGCAAGUUCGCGGACUGGAUACAGAAAACCAUCCAGGCCAGUUAACUCCUGCGACUGGGACUCAUGAAAAUGAACCCCAAAAUAUAAGCUGCUGAAGGAAUUCAGGAAUCUGGGUUCCCAGUGCCUUCCACCCUCAGAUCCAGGAGUCUAGACCCCCACCCCCACCCUGCCUCCCUCAACCCCAGGAGUCCUGUCCCACCGAGAAUCUUUUCCUGCACACGGUGCCCCCUAGCGGCACGAUGUUGACACCGCCUUACCAUUGGUAGAGAAAGUUGAUUUUUCACCGUUUUUUUCCCUUCCCCUAAGCCCUGAAAUAAAGUCUA